CCCUGCACCGUCUCUCCUCUGACUCGACAACAUGGGUCUAGAAAAGGAAAAAUCGGACUGCAGUAUAAUUAUGGACGAAGAUGAGUUCAACAGAUCGAUAGAACCCAUUCUGUCGAAGAAGGGGAAAGUGUACACCGCGGAGCCGGACCGAGAUCCAAACGAUAUCAACGCGCAUUUGAAGGUAAAUUUUGGAGAUGUCAUCGCGGAGCCCAUCUCUACACACAGCUUCGACAAAGUGUGGAUAGGAAGCCACGCUGCGUUUGAGCUGGUCAAAUUCCUCUUUUACCGCCUGCUGACCACGCUGCUGGCCGUGCCCAUGGCUUUCAUCCUCGGACUGGUCUUCGGGGUGCUCAGCUGCAUCCACAUCUGGUUGGUGAUGCCGGUGAUCCAGAGCCUCAUGAUGCUCCUACCCUCGGUCCAAGUAGUGUGGAGGAGUCUGACUGACAUGUUCAUAACACCGCUCUUCCACAGUAUGGGAAAGAGCCUGUCCUCCAUUCAAGUGAAAUCCACAGAGUACUGAUGCUGCAGACACCUCUCUGUCCCCUGCGGAGACAGAAAUGUAGGACAAAUUGCAGUCAAAGAGAGUGAAUGAUGUUUGUAGUGUCAUACAUGAGCUCUUAAAAAGUCAAAUGUGAAAUCCUGAAGAGUCCUGCAUAAAGUACAAAUUAUACAAAUUAUACUAUAAUGUAUAAAUUACCAAAACAAUGAAUCAAAUCAAUUGGGCUAAGUAAUGGAUCAUUUGCAGGGAAAAGACCUUUUCAAAGCUGGGUUAAAUUCUGUGAAAAAGAAACAUCAAUGUUACAUAUAAUUGAAUAUAUUUCAAUAAUAUAUUUCAAUGUUUAGUAAGAACUUAAUACGUAUUGAAUAUAGCCAUUAAAGGCUGUUAAAACAACAGUUAUCUAUCUAGAAAUCUUUAAAAAAAAAAACCUUUUUUUAUCAAAUGUACCUGCAAAUCAACAAAACUAUGCACUUAGUCCUUUACAGCUUACUAGUCACAUCACUACAGGAAAGUAUAUGAUCAUGAUACUUUUGGGGAUUUUAUGAAAAGUUCAUGUGUUCCACCCUAAAUUGAGUUUGUUUGCUGAUUGUGACCAAAAUAAAAUUCUUGUCAUUCCAUUACUUUGUGGCUGAGAGAGCCGUGGAAUCAGUUGGAGGAGUGUAACAUUGUUGUUGAGUCCAACAUACUUGCUGAGAGAUGUAAUAUUUCUGCUUUUUCAUAUAUUGUACUGUAUAUAUUUCAAGUAAUUCAGCUAGAAGUUGAAUAUAGUAACGUGAAUUACAGUCACAAAGGAGUUCACAUGAAUAUUAAAUGCUAAGCUUGUUGCACACUUUCAGGCUUAUUUUACUGUCUGCUGUGUAGAUUUCACAGAGCAUUGGCAAUAAUGUUGGGCAUUUGCUUUUUUUGUAGAUGAUAGCUAUACAUAAUAGAGUUAUUUUAACAUGUUAUUUUAACUGUCAAAAAACAGGAUUGGAUAUCUUUGAAAGGGUGGCUUUCUAAUUUAUUAUUAAUGCAACGACCAAAUCUCAACAUUCGGCAGUAUCUGACAUUAGAGGACUUCAGUUGAGUAACUGUAGUGUGAUGAUGGCGUCCCACAUGUCGUACUGUGUUUGGUUGAGCUGAGUGUCCUGUACAUGCAUAUUUAAUUUAGAGGUUGUUGUUUGCUUCAGCACUGGGAGUUAAUAGGCUGGGUUUUGGAAUAUUUCUGCAGCCAGAAAGGAUCAACCGUGAUUCUUACCUCUUUGCAGGAGACUUGAUAAAGUUGAGUUUGAGGUACAAGCCUGCACAGUUCCCACUUGCUAUUAGCCGUAUAGUCUAAACCUUAGGGUUAGGUUGGGGUUAGUCUAUAUCCUCAAUGUUCCACUUCCAGUAUUGCUCCGGUGCAGCAGGAAAUUCCGCUGGAUUUAUGUAUUUUCGCCAAUGUCCGUUUCUUUUCUCUCUUUUUGUGUUGAAAUUUUAAACUCUGGUGGAUUCAUAAGGACUAUGAUUGACUGCUCUUCAGAUCUCUGCAGGGUAAAUUGAGACAGCUAGCUAAACUACCUGUCUAACUGCACAACUAUUUUACAGCGACUCGGGGCGCGACUUAGCACCGCUCAUGGAGACUGUGAUUGGUUUAAGGAAACACCAAUAAACCAGAGCAUGUUUUUCUCCAAUCCCGGGAUGCUAUAUGGACCAGGCCAGACCAUUUAGACUCAUCCGCUCGGCAGCGUGUGGCGUGUCUGGCAAAGCGAAACUAGGUGGGGUUAAAAUCCAAGGGUGGGGUUAAGGUUAGGGUUGGGGUUAGAAGUUCACCUAGAUGGAAUCAGUGAAUCAGGUACAUAUUUACACUGAUAUGUCAUUAUAAGUGCAAACCAUCAUCAGAUAAACAGACACAUAAAACAUGUUGGAGUGUUUCUGUGAUCCUUUUUCUCUUGAUACACAUCUGGCUGUUCAGAUGUUAGAUGUGCCACUUUUGAUUGUAGCUCGUUGCUAACUUUUUCUACCAUGUGGUCCUAGAGAGACAGUGUCAAAACAGCUGACUGCUAUUGUCACAGGGUUCCUGAGGUCACAAAGAGUAAAUUAUUCAGCAAACGUGCUGUUAAAACCAAAUUAAUGAACUAAAAGCAGCUACAAAGUUCAGUAGUGCUGCAGGCUUGGCUGAUAAAUCAAACGCGUUUAUAUUACACUAUAUGAACUCAUUGUGUCCUGUUGAUAUAAAAAAUAUGAAUUAUUAAGGCAUGAUUGGUCUUAGCUAAGUGUAUUGUGCCAGAUGAUCCUCCCAGAAAACAGAUUUCAGGAUAAUAAAGGCGAAUAAUCAUUGUACUGAAAUACAGAUUGUCAUAAAGUGAGCAUAUGAACCAAUAAUCCUGUUGCAGUUACAGUAACGUUUGCAGUUUGUGGUGAUCGUGCAGAUUUUCCAGGAAAAAGGGAGACACAUUUACAUUUGCCUUUUUAACCCUUCCAACUUGUUAGUCAACAUUGCAGUGCGAGGUACAUGCUAACCUCCUGGAUUUCUAAACUACAAGACUGUACCACUGUACUUACUGUACCUUCUGACACAAUGAAAGAUAGAUACUGUAUGACGAGAUGUUUUAUUUCCUGCUACUGACAGAUAACCGAAGGCAGCAGUUCUGUCAGAGCUUUUUAAUCCUUUCAUAGCUGCCUGCCAAUUUGCUGUGUUUAGUUUUUUAACUCUGAGAGGAGAGUCAAGGUAGGGUUGUGUAUUAGUGGAAGACACAGGUGUGUAGCUAAAGCCUUUUCUGUCCUCUGGAACGCCAUGCAGCACUAAUCACGUAAAUAAAUCAUAAUGUGACAUGCAUCUGCCAGUAAAAAAAAUUAGUUUUAUUUUUUUGAAUUUUGUUUUCUCUAUCUUUUUUAUCUGUUGCUUUCUAAUACUCGUUUUGGAGCUUUUGCUUUAACAUGCUCAAAUGUGAUUUCCAUGACCAAAAUAAAGACAUUUUUUUCCU